AUGGCUACUACUAAGCCUAUUGAUACUCCUAAUGCUUCAAAUGCACAUUUGUCUGUAGCAUUUGCACCUAAAUCAUCUCAGGAAAAGGAAUACAUGUCACAUGUUCCUUAUGCUAGUGCAAUGGGAAGCUUGAUGUAUGUUAUGGUCUGCACUAGACCGGAUCUUGCACAUGCUGUUAGUGUUGUCAGUAGGUUCAUGGGAGACCCCGGUAAGGAACACUGGCAAGCAGUGAAGAGGAUUUUCUGCUACCUCAAGGGUACAUCUGAUAUUGGUCUCAGUUAUGGUGGUGAUAAUGUAGACAGUAGAAGAUCGAUGACCGGUUAUGUAUUCACGCUUGGUGGUUCUGUUGUGAGUUGGAAGGCUACUCUGCAGCCGACAGUAAUCUUGUCUACUACAGAGGCAGAAUAUAUGGCCUUGAUAGAAGCUGCUAAGAAGGGAAUCUGGUUGAAAGGAUUGGUUAGUGACUUGGGUCUACACCACGAUCAAGCUUCAGUGUACUGCGACAGUUUGAGUGCAAUAUGCUUAACCAAGGAUCAAAAGCUGUUGAUUGCCCUUGAAGGGGCAAGGCCUGAGGCAGAGCAGGUCACAUCUGGGCAUUCAGUGUAA